UGUGCGGGAGGGAGGCGGGAGCACCGGCGCGGUCCCGACAUCCCUGCGCAUCCCGCAGCCCCGCCGGGGAUGCCGCCGCCCGCCGGGCCCUGAGCGCCGGGACGCCGGCGGCCGCCGGCUCCGCUCCGCCACCCCCCACUCCCGCCGGAGCCGCCGCCGGGACCAUGGAGGUCGUGGAGGCCAGCACCCUUCAGCAGGAGAGGCUGCAGGCCAUCGCGGAGAAGCGGAAGCGUCAGACGGAGAUCGAGAACAAAAGGCGGCAGCUCGAGGAUGACAGGCGGCAGCUGCAGCAUCUCAAGUCCAAGGCUCUGCGGGAGAGAUGGCUCCUGGAGGGGGCCCCAGCCUCUGCCUCCGAGGAGGAAGAGGCCAUGAAGAAACAGAUGCAGGAGGAUGAAGUGAAGACCAAGGAGCUGGAGGAAACCAUCCAGAGGCUGGAGAAGGAGCUGGAGACGCUGGAGAACAGCAGCUCAGUGGCUUCGACCAAGGAGAACCUGGCAGAGGCAGCAGCCAAGGAGGAGAAGGCUGAGGCUGUCCCCAACGCGCAGAAGAGUCCCCUGGGCACAGUUAAGGGGGGUCGUCUCUCCUCUCCAUCUCCAGCUGACAAGAGGGUCUCCAGCAGCCCCAUGAAGGCAGUGGAAGGCAGUGACAUGAUGAAGGCGGCCAUGUACUCGGUGGAGAUCACAGUGGAGAAGGACAGAGUAACUGGGGAGACCAAGGUCCUGUCCAGCACCACCAUGCUCCCCCAGAACCACUGUCUGCAGGGAGUCAAAGUGUACGAGGAUGAGCUGAAAGUGGUGCAUGCAGUGACCGCCGAGGACGGGGCCCUGCAGAACGGGGCCCACCCCCUCAGCUCCUCCGAGGUCGAUGAGCUCCUGCACAAGGCGGACGAGGCCACCCUGAGCGAAGCUGCCGGGCGCCAGACCCCAGCCAAGGCUGGCAUGGGGGGUGGCAGCGCCCCGGGCAGCCAGAAGCCAACGCCGCGGCGGGAGAUCACGGGGCUGCAAGCGAAGGUGCCACCAGGCGAGGGGACGGAGCCCAGCCAGGAGCAGCCCGUCACCAUGAUCUUCAUGGGCUACCAGAACGUGGAGGAUGAGAACGAGACCAAGAAGGUGCUGGGGCUGGAGGGCACCAUCAAGGCAGAGCUGGUGGUGAUUGAGGACGCCGAGAGCAAGCCGGAGCCGGCACACAAGGACCACACACCGCCCAACGGCACCGCGCUGGAGCCAGCGGCUGCGCAGCCGCUGGGCGAGGAGGGUGCGGGCGGGCAGAAGCCGGGUGCCAACGCCACAGAUGCCAAGGAGGCCGAGCAGGAGACAGACGUGAAGAAGCAGCGCUGCAAGUGCUGCACGGUGAUGUGAGCCCCCGCCGAGCCCCCUCCACCCCGGCCCCUGCUCGCCAGGCCCGGCACACCGGGCUUCCCCCCCACCGGACACAGACCCUCUUUCUGCAGAACCGGGGAGAUCCAACAUGGUGCCAAUGGGGCCGCAGUGGGCAGCGGCGAGUGACGGCCGUGGCAACGCUCGCUCCAUCUGCUCGAUGCCAGCCCCGCGCUGCCCCCCACCAGCGCUGCCUGUGGUAAUUUAUUAGUGACCCCCCCCCCGCCCCACAGUGCACCCACCCCACCACGGCCCGGCCUCAUCCCCACCUGCUGCCAGCACCGAGGCCUUUCCCUGUGUCACCAACCUUGUCCCACUCGCCGUCGGAGGAUGGAGCCGCCGGGCAGGGGGUCGGAGGACGACACUGUGUCCGUAGAUGACUCCCCGGGAGCCGCCACCAGCGGGACCCACUCUUAGCCCAGCCCAUGGUGGGCAUCGGACCCAGCCCCGUGCCAACCCCUCCCUCUGUGCCUCCAUCAUCCGCUUCUCCAGCGGGGAAAGGCCUGGGUCUGUUCCCCCCUGGCUGCCUAUGGACAUCUCUGCUCCAUCUCACGUCCUCAUCCCUGUGGUCCCGGGCUCCUCACACAAGGACGGAGCGCGUCCAGGCAAGGGAAGGGCCUCGAGGGCAGCUCCCUGAUACUCGGCUGUGGUAAUGGCUGGGGCCACGCGGGGCUCCUGCAGGGUCAACCCAGUCUGUCCCCAGGCCUGCUCUGCUCCUCCCGGGCUCAGCUUCACAUGUUGGAGCCCGUCACUCUGGUCCUGGCAGUGACAGCCGUUCCUCUGUCUCAGCUGCCGGCCGGUGCCGCUGGGCUCUGCCAGCCGAGGGGGCUGAACUGUGCUGUGGCCACUGCUCGUGUCCCCCUGGGGCAACAGCAGCGAGAGAAGGAAAGGGAAUGCGGCGGGGCCCAGCCCUGUGGGACAGGAAUGGGGUGGGGGUUCCCGUGUUUCCUGGUGGCAGCAGGAGUGUGGCCCAGCAUCCCAUCCCCUUCCUGCCUCUGCCGCUCAGCAGCAGCAGCUUCGCAGAGCCGCGUUCUGGAGUCCUGGGCUGCAGCAUUGGGUCCCCCAGGGAAGUGGGGCAGCCCAGUUCACCCCAGUACUGGCACUGGGAGCUGCCAGGGGUCCGGUGUCCCACAGAGGGCAGCCUCCCUGCUGCCCCACCGCACACCCCAGCCCUUCAGUGGGGAUUUCACCACCAGCACCAGCGUUUCCUCCUCACUGAGACCAACUGGGGCAGGCGGGGGGGGGGGGGGGGGGGGGGGGGGGCGGCGUUGUUUUUGGCACCCAGUGCCCACAUCAGCUGCCCCUGAGCUGCAGCAGCCGGGCUGGCAGUGCCCAGACACUUGUCCAGGAGCCACCAGCCAGGGUAGAGAUCCUUGUUUGAGUGUGAGAGGGUACCUGUUGCUGUGAGGCUGGGCAAGUCCCCAGGGAUCCCCCAAAACAUGAGUGGAGCAGCAUCAAUGCUGCCCAGCCCACCAGGACACGGCUGGUCGAGCAGCCAAGGAUGGGGCUCAGCUCCCCCAAGGCCUUCCUUCCUCCACAUUCCCCUUGUGUGAGCAGUGACACCCCCGCCAUUCCCAUGACAUCCCAGUUGCCCCCCAGUUACCGCCCAGGCUGCAGUUUUCCCCCCCAGUAGAGUCAUUGCAGGGCUGGGGGAGUGAGGGGGCUCGUGGUGCCACCCUUGUCCCAAACCCCAGCUGGGCAACCAUAGCCUCUGGGAGAGGCAGAGCUGGGGAAGGGGGGCUUUGGGAGGGCACUGCCAGGGAAGGGGGGGCCUCUCCUGCCCCGUCCACUGCUGGGCAUUGCUGGAGCCCCACUGCUGCAGAGCAGGGCACGGGCUGGGUGCCACAGGGCAUCUGCCCCCAUAGUCCUGGGGGGAAUGUCACCUCUUGCCAUCCCAUGUCAGGGGCCAACACCACCCACCCCAUCCCACCCUGGGCCCUGCAAUCUCCCCAGCCCCAAGCUGGGGCUCCCUCCCACCCUUGGCACCCCCUGCCCCGCGGUUGACGUUGACCCCCAGCCCAAUCCGGCCCCUGGGGCGGCGGGGAGCAGGACCAGGCCCCCGGGCCGGGGCUGGGGUGUGAGAGGAGCGGGCGGUGGGCCUGGCAUCGUCCCUGCCCCGUCCCACAGCCCUCGUGUCCCCUGCCCGGCUCUGCUGAAGUGCACUUCCCGUGCCCCCGAGCUUUUCACUUGUGCCGAAGCCGUUUGAAUUCCCUUCCCUUCCCCAUCCCACCCCCCCUCACCCCGUUGUUUGUAAAACACCCAAACCGAGCAAAUAAACUGUGUGAACAACCA